UGUUUCAGACAAACAUGGCGCUCCUGCGUGUCGUGGGGUGGUGGUGGUGUUGGGGGGUCGGUCCCUGCCCCGCCCUGUGCGAACACUGACUCGACACUAUCAGCCUCUGUGUGGCCCGGAGGAAACUCCGCUGUGAAAAAGUCCGCACACAUAACCAACUCCAAAGUCCAAUGGUCAGUGUUUGCAUCGCGGCUCCUGCUCAGAGCACCCGCACUGCACCGCACGAGGGCUGGAAGGCUGACUGGGUUUGCGCCAAUCGAGCACAUCCGCGUUGACAGCGACAACAAGCAGAAAAAGUUAGGCCGGCGUAUCGCAGUCAUGUCUGGGCAGAACAGAUUUGUGAGCCCGUUUUCCAGACCCCAGUGUCUGGCUGCUGCAGCUCCGGCGGGGAAAGCCAAACUCACGCACCCUGGCAAGGCUAUUCUGGCAGGUGGGAUCGCCGGAGGCAUCGAGAUCUGCAUCACCUUCCCCACAGAGUACGUUAAGACUCAGCUGCAGUUAGAUGAGAAGGCCAAUCCUCCCAAAUACAAAGGCAUCGCUGACUGUGUGAAGCAGACGGUGAACAGUCAUGGGGUGAGGGGUCUCUACAGAGGCCUCAGCUCUCUGCUGUAUGGCUCCAUACCUAAAGCAGCUGUCAGAUUUGGGAUGUUUGAGUUUCUCAGUAAUAAGAUGCGGGAUGAAAGUGGCAAACUUGACAGCAAGCGAGGGUUCCUCUGUGGUCUCGGCGCUGGAGUUGCGGAGGCCGUGGUUGUCGUCUGUCCCAUGGAGACGGUCAAGGUCAAAUUCAUCCACGAUCAGACGUCAGCAAACCCAAAGUACAAGGGAUUUUUCCAUGGCGUGAGGGAGAUUGUGAGAAGUGAAGGACUGAGGGGGACUUACCAGGGCCUGACAGCCACCGUGCUGAAACAAGGCUCCAACCAGGCCAUCCGCUUCUACGUCAUGACUUCACUGAGGAACUGGUACAAAGGCGAUGACCCCAACAAAGCCAUUAACCCUGUGAUAACUGGAAUGUUUGGAGCUUUUGCUGGUGCUGCCAGUGUGUUUGGAAACACUCCCCUGGAUGUCAUCAAGACCAGAAUGCAGGGUCUCGAAGCUCACAAGUACAAAAGCACACUGGACUGCGCCGUCAAGAUCAUGAAGCAUGAGGGACCAAUGGCGUUCUACAAAGGUACCGUUCCUCGGCUGGGUCGGGUGUGCAUGGACGUGGCCAUAGUCUUCAUUAUUUAUGAGGAGGUUGUGAAGGUCCUCAACAUGGUUUGGAAGACGGACUGAAAUGGACACCCUGGUGCUACACAAGCAGGAGUGUCGGGACGCGGCAUUUACGUUAUUGACCAGGCCGGGUCCCAGACCGAUCCCUGCUUCUAGGUUCUAAUAUCUACCUCUGAGUGGUUGUCAGCAUGGCAGAAAAGGGAUUGGUACUUUCUUUAUUUUGUUUUUAACACAACUAUAACAAGUGGCAAGCAGUACCUGCAUGAACAAGCUCCAGACUGCAGAGUCGCUGCUUACACUUGUUUUGUUUUGUUUUUUUUGUUUGUUUUAAUUCCACACGGGGGGGGGGUGGGGGGGUUUCCUUUGGAGCUCAGGGAAGGCGAAGGGCCGUUUAUUUAGAUCUGAUUGACUAGAGAAUUGGGAACACAGUGAGCUGCGCCUCACCUGCAGCGCUCUCAGUUCAGUUAUAUGAAUGCUGUUUGUACUCGAUCAGAGAGAAAGCCGACCCAGCGUAAUGUGAUCUAGAAAAAGAAAUCAUACUUGAAAUGAGAGAUUAGACUACAGAUUGGACAUUUUAAAGACCCUUUUUAUGCAAGUAUUUUCAUUUUUUUUCCUUUGGUUUUACAAGACUUUUCAAAACCUUUCAUUCAGUACCAGUUGAAAUGAUUAACAAGAUGUCACGUGUAGCAGAAGCUACAGCUACAUUAGCAACUAAAUGCCUUAAAUCACAUUAAUUUGUAAAAAUAAUCGAGACUGUAGGACUCAUGCAGGUGCAGAAUUUUUUAUUAUGUUGCAUAUGUACACAACUUAUUUAGAAAUGCACAUUUCCACAGAACAGUGGCAAAGAGGUUUAACUUACCAGACUGAUGCUAUAGAAGUGCCUGUGUGGUGUGUGGAUCGUUUUGAGAUCUUUUGAGAUUAAGAAUGAUUGAAUGUUGUAUGUACUUAGUCACUACGGAUUUUUUAAACAUGAUAUACUCUGUUGCGCACACUGCAGUGUCACUAGAGGUUUGACUCCAGGCACUUUGAGGUAUUUCUGAGAUGUUCACAUCAUCAUAACUCUUACUUCGAUGAAGUUUUUUUUUUAAUUUUUGCCUUUAAAUUUUAAUGACCUUUAAUGCAUAGACCUGACUGUUUAAGAAAUGCCACUAACAGUGCCUUUCAUCUCAUUCCACGGAGGACUGGUGGUUUGGAGUAGCUUGUAUUCCGGGUUUGGCGAUUCUGUGUUUAAUUUUCAGCCACGUGACGUGAAUUGCCUUUUAUUUUUCACAGCUUUGAACAAUGUACCAACUGCUUCUCCAGAUAAAGCGUGUGAGUCCGGCAUGUUUACAUGCAGUGCAGUUUAAUUGUCCAAUAAAUGUUUACGUUGAGCUGCCUUUCUCAGCUUCAGCCUGAACUUGCAUACGUGUCAUAAAGCCGUUUAAAUAUCUCUGGAGUUUUCAUAUGAGCACAUGAAAAAUCUCCGCCGGUUCAAACCGAGUAUUGUGCCUUCAGUCUAAUCAAUUCUAAUAUGUAUGCUCACAAAUAAACAUUGGAUGAGACUGUUA